UAUAAUGAAUUUAAUAAUAGCAUUUCAUAGUUUAAAAUAUUUAAAAGAAUUCAUUAACAUGGUGCUUAGCGAUCAUAUUGCUAUUUGACAGCAUCGGAACACAAUAAGUUUGAGUUUUUUCUCUACACACGGUAUGAAAUAGUUGACGUACUCACUCUCGCAGUGUGUACAUAAGAUUCAAACCCAAAAUUUAGCGGUCGCCACCUGUGGGAUUGGCUUUCCAUAUUUAGCGUUAUGGGAGAGCAGGCCUUGCGUGUAUUGGCCUGUGGGGACGUGGAAGGAAGAAUUAAUGCUUUAUUCAACCGCGUGAGGACCAUUCAGAAGAAGAGCGGGCAGUUUGAUUUGCUGCUCUGCGUUGGAGAUUUCUUUGGUUCGUCUGCAGAGGCUCAAGCAGAGUGGGAGGAGUAUAAAUCGGGAGCGAAGAAAGCCCCCAUUCACACUUAUGUGCUUGGGGCUGCAAGCUAUGACACGGUCAAGUAUUUCCCCAGUGCAGAUGGAUGUGAGUUGGCUGAGAACAUCAUCUAUUUGGGCCGCAGGGGGAUCUUCACCGGCGCGUCUGGGCUCCAGAUCGCCUACGUGAGCGGGCGGGAAGCCCGGCAGGAGCCUGCGCCGUCACACUGCUUCUCCCCCAAAGAUCUGUCCGCCCUGGUCGAGCCCCUGGUGUGCAGCUCCAAGUUUAAAGGGGUGGACAUCCUGCUCACGUCCCAGUGGCCUCAUGGUGUCUGGCAGUAUGGCAACAACCCUGAAGUGGAUCCAAGGUAUUGUGGAGUGUCCUCUAUCGCCAGCCUUGCGUACCAGCUGAAGCCACGCUAUCACUUCGCAGGUGUGGAGGGAGUCAACUACGAGAGGCUGCCUUACAGGAACCACCUAGUCCUUCAGGAGAAUGCUCAGCACGUUAGUCGGUUCAUUGCACUCGCUACAGUCAACAAUCCUGCCAAGAAGAAGUAUCUAUAUGCUUUCAACAUCGUUCCCAUGAAGAACAUGGACCCUGCAGAACUAGUUAAACAACCCCAGGACGUCACAGAGAAUCCCUACAGAAGACCUGUCAAGGAUGGACAGAAACCUAUCCAUGCAGCUGAGGAGGAGCCAGCGUCUCAGUAUUUCUUUGACCUGAAAAAGAAGCCACAGUAUCAGCACCACCGUCAGCACCAGGGGCAUCGGGGGAACCAUGGCAACCAGGGGGGGCAGGGGUAUCAAGGACAGGGGCAGGGGUAUCCGGGUCAGGGGCACCAGGGGGGGCAGGGGCAGGAGCAGGGCAGGAAGAGGCAGUCGGAUGGAGACAGCUUUCCAGAUAGACAGCACCACCAGCAGCCCAAACAGCCACGCAAGCCCCCUCAGCCUACCGGGCCCUGCUGGUUCUGUCUGGCCAGUCCAGAGGUGGAGAAGCACCUGGUUGUCAGCAUCGGAACACACUGUUAUCUGGCCCUGGCCAAAGGCUGUCUGACCCCGGACCACCUGCUCGUGCUGCCCAUUGGCCACUACCAGUCGGUGGUGGAGCUGGCGUCCGAGGUGGUGGAGGAGCUGGACAAGUACAAGAGCGCCGUGCGCAAGUUCUACAAGAGCCUCGGCAAACGCUGUGUGCUCUUCGAGAGGAACUACCGCAGCCAGCACCUCCAGCUACAGGCAGUCCCAGUGCCGCUGGAUAAAUGUGCUACGGAGGACCUGAAAGAAGCCUUCAUGGUGCAGGCACAAGAGCAGCAAAUUGAGCUGAUGGAGAUUCCAGAACACACAGAUCUGAAGCAGAUUGCUCCUCCUGGGACUCCGUACUUCUAUGUGGAGCUGGACUCGGGAGAGAAGCUCUUCUACAGGAUAAAGAAGAACUUCCCCCUGCAGUUCGGACGAGAGGUGUUGGCCAGUGAGGCGGUGUUGAACAUCCCAACGCGGGCCGACUGGAAGGACUGUAAAUACACACGCGAGGAAGAGGAGGAGCUGACCAAACAGGUCCGCGGUCAGUUCCAGCCGUUUGACUUUACCAUGGAGGACUGACCGCACUUACUGCCCACCAUCUUACGACACGGACUCCACCCACUUCGCUCACCGCCCUCACUUCCUCUCCAAACAGGAACCUGGAGGUCUCCUCUGAAAAAGACUCUUUUUCUAUUUUUUACUAUAGAGGAUUGACCAGUCCAGCACACACACUGACCUCUGACAAGUCUCUUCCCUCAGUGUUGAUCUCUGAAAGAGACCAUUGCCUGGCCCCACCCUCAGGUCCUCCCUGCCCUCUGGAGUUUUACUUUACUCUUCAUCAGCUUGGGGUGACUUCCUUAUUUUUUUUCUCAUUUUUUUUUUCUGUGGGGGGGUGGUAUUCAUGCUCUGUUUCCUGUCUUUCUCCCAUCGCCAUCUAUCUAAAUUGAUUCUUCACUGUCCUCAAUUAAAAGACUAUUAGCAUAGAGGAUUGACCGACACACACAAGACGGACCUUCCUCUCCAUAACCCUCCCCCCCCCCCCCCCUUAUGACACCUCUGUUCCCCAUGUCCUGCCAUUCUCAUGCAUCUUAAAUUGACCCUUUCUUUGAGGAAAGGAAAAAGUAGUUUUAGUACUACAUGAUAAUUGACAACACCACUCUUGAUGAUUUAAGCACUUCUGAUUUUUAGGACACUCUAUUAGAAAAAGGCUCUGUUCUGUGCUUCAGUUAAAUGGUUACACAUUUGUGGUUCCACCUGCUGUGCGUGUGCGUGUACGUGUACGUGUGCGUGUGUCAGGACAGGGAAGCACUUUGGAUAAACUUCUGAAGUUUGCUUACAAAAAGGACCCCAAAACUGCCCAUAUAAGGAAAUCCUGGUGCCAUUUUUGCCCAUAUAAGGAGAUCCGGAUCUCAUUAUUUGGGCGGAGAUGGCAGCUUUGGGUUAUUUUUGUAGGUGAAUUUCAGGCAGGUCCUUAGGGCUGUUUUAGGCUUUAGUUAAUCGACUGGAAUGGCUGACACCUGAACUGCACAGGAUCUGUUUGUGGUUCCUGUCCCUGAAAUGAAAGUCUUAUCUUUCUGUUUCUCUUUCUCACUCUUAUUGUUUUUUUAUUUUUUCUUUAUUUGUUUGUUUGUUCGUCUGUUGAAUGGGAGGUUAAAUGAGGAUGAUUGGAAUCUGGUACUUUCAACUUCAGAGUUUCCUGUUUUACAGUGUGUAGGCUACAAGGUCAAAAGGUCAAAUAAAGCACUGUUUGGGUGGGUGGAUUGGGGGCAUUAAGAUGGAGUAGAGUUGCCCUGUCCUUCAACACAGCUGGGUGGGUAGGUGGAGGCAUUAAAAUGGAGUGGAGUUGCCCUGUCUUUCAACACAGCAGUUUGUCUGAAGAAAGCGGUUUGCCUAAAAAUAAUUGUAGUCACUGAUGUCAUUACAAAUUUAGCCACUGAUUGAUUGGCUGUUUAUUUUUUAUUAAAUUUAAAUAUUUUUUGUCAUUUUCUAUUCUAGACACAAUUGUUUUUAUUGGUCUUUUCUUGGUUUUAAACUUAUUUUUGAGGUGUGGACAUUCACAUCAUUUUUUUGUUGUUGUUUGGUAAGACUGUAAGGGUUUUGUACAUUUUCUUCAUCAUUAAAAUACCCCUUUGAAUGUA